AUUUAGCUACUACAAUCAAUAUUUAUAAAGGAAUGUUAUUUUUAAAAACCUAAAUAAAACACAAAAUACGUAACAUUGCGCUAUCAUUAUAUCCCUCCGCAUUUUUUUUUUCUGAAAAGACUGUUUUGGUCCUUUUCCUUGUAGCAACCCAAUGAGAGUUACAGAAGUCAGGGAAAACAUAAGAGUUGUAAAUAAACUUAAUCUCCGUUGAUUUAUGAAUAUAACACGUUUAUAAAUUGUUAUCUUUUUGUCUAUGGGAUUUAUUUCUUAUUCUGCACCCGAUUACCUAUUUGAGCAGAUUUGUUUAUGGGAUCAUGUCAGUGAAACAGGCCGGCAGUAACCGAAAACCUGGUGGUGGUAACGCUUCUGGUUCUGGUAUUGGAGGAGGUGGCAGGCAGAACAUGGGAAGGGGUAGGUCUAGACGUGGUAGGGGCAGAGCUCAAGCAACAGAACAUUUAAAGGAUUUACCUUUUGAAGGGAUAUAUUCCAACAUGCAUCUUGUCCACAUACUCAGAGGAACUGUGGGGUCGAAAUGUGAAUUGCAAGUUAAAAACGGAGGACUAUAUGAAGGCAUUUUUAAAACAUAUGGACCUAAGUGUGAUUUGGUACUUGAUGCAGCACAUCGUAAGCCUUCUGAAUCAAAUUCUGGCCCUCCAAAGCGUGAAGAUGUUAUCGAAAGCAUCAUUUUUAAAUCCACUGACGUUGUAGUAGCACAUUUUAAAGAUGUGGACUUAAAUUUUGCCAGAAGAGUUCCAUCAGAGACAGAUGCUUUCAUAGAUUCUGCUAUUAUUGCAAGAGUAAAUGGAGAUCAUAAAGAAAAAGAUCUUGAACCAUGGGAUGGAGGGGACACCAUUGAUGGUCUUGAUGCUCUAGAGUCUGAUGUUUCAAAUGGCUGGGAUCCUAAUGAAAUGUUCCGAUACAAUGAGGAGAAUCAUGGUGUGCGGUCAACUUAUGACAGCAGCUUGUCUUCAUACACUGUUCAAUUAGAAAGAGAGAAUACUGAAGAAUAUUUAAAACGAGAAGCAAGAGCUGCUCAGCUGGCAGAGGAGAUAGAGUCAAGUGCCCAAUACAGGGCAAGGGUUGCCUUAGAAAAUGAUGACCGAUCAGAAGAAGAAAAAUACACAGCUGUUCAAAGAAGUACAAAUAACAGAGAUGGGCAUGCUAAUGUCAGAGACAAUAAAUACAUUCCACCUAGUCAGAGAAACCGAGAUGGUGUGUCGUGGGCUAGUAGUAAGCAAAAUUCUCCAAGACUGGGACAUUCCAGUUCAAGUCUCCCAUCUUCCAGAAGUGGAUCACAUAGCUCAGACUUCAGUCCUAACUCAGGAACAGACCAAAGAGUUGUAAAUGGAGGUGUUCCUUGGCCAUCGCCUUGCCCGUCUCCUUCCUCACGCCCAUCUUCUCGCUACCAGUCAAGUCCAAACUCUCUUCCACCUCGGGCAGCCACUCCUACAAGGCCGCCCUCAAGACCCCCCUCACGGCCAUCAAGGCCCCCGUCUCACCCUUCUGCUCAUGGCUCUCCAGCUCCCGUCUCUACUAUGCCUAAACGCAUGUCUUCAGAAGGACCUCCGAGGAUGUCUCCUAAGGCACAACGUCACCCUCGUGUGCACAGACCCUCCACGGGCAGAGGUAGUUCAUCCGGAGUAGAAUUUGGUUCUCAGAAUCUAACUGGAGAAGUUAGUGCAUCUUCUGCAACACGGAACAGCCCCUCUAGUGGCACAUGGUCAGCAGCUGUUACUGGAGGUUCAAAUUCUAGAUUAUCGCCAAAAACGCACAGACCCAUUUCUCCAAGGCAGAACAACAGUGGAAGUACAUCCUCAGGACAAGUUUUGGUCUCCUCUCAGUCAAACCUCACUUCUACAGAGCCUGUGUCACUACCAGUGUCAGCUACGUCUCCCACAUCAUCCAGCCCUAUCUCAAGCAGAGUACAGGCCUUACCAGCAGAAAGUAAAGAAUCUCAUGGACAGGAACAGAGGCAGAGUUCUGCAGCUUCUAACAAAGAGAAUGUUAACCAAAAUGAGGCUUCCCCAAGUUUUACCAAACCUGGAAUCAAAGAUGCUGGACCAGCUGUCCUUCCAGAAUUGAGCAGUAUGUUUUGUAUAACUCCAGUGGUGUCUGAUCACAGAAAACAGAUAGAUGAUUUAAAGAAAUUUAAAGAAGAUUUUAGGUUACAGGCUAGUUCAACACCUGACCCAGUAGUUGAUCAGCUGAUUUGCAAGUCCCGAGAAGUGGCUGACAAAUCUAAGGAUGCUGUCAAAGAAAAGACAUUUGAAUCAAGUAGCAAGGAAUCAGUCAGUGAAAGUAGCUCUACUACUAACAUCAGUAGUAGUAAUAGCAGCAAACCAAGCAGCCCUAGUAUAUCCCCAACUACAGUUAGCAAUUCAGAUCUGAAGAGGGUGCCAGAUGUAACAUCACAGGGAGUGCAAACAUCUGGACCUUGCAGCAAAAUGGAAAAAGAAGAGAAAGAAGACAAAGAGAAUACUCCUGAGCAAGUAAGAAAAUCUACACUGAAUCCGAAUGCAAAAGAGUUCAAUCCCCGAGUUUUUGCACAACCUAAACCUUCUACUACCCCAACUUCGCCUCGUCCUCAGGGGCAACCUAGCCCUUCCUUGGUGGGACACCAGCAACCUACAACAGUAUAUGGCACACAAGUAUGUUUUGCCCAAGUGUAUCCUGUCCCUGUGAGCCCAGGUGGAAUGCAGCACGUGUAUCCUGUUUCUUUAGCCACUAUGCCAGUGAAUCCAGCCAAGCCAUAUAGAGCAGGUAAAGUACCAAAUAUGCCACAGCAACGACCAGACCAGCAUCAUUCUCAGGGCCCAAUAAUGCAUCCAACAUCAGCAGCAGGACAUCCUCUUGUAGCUGCAUCACCUGCUUAUUCACCUCAUUAUGUUACCUUCAGCCCACAGCAUUUUCCCCCUAAUCAGCCUGUUGUACAUGUCUACCAAUCUCAACAUCCCUCUGUGUAUAAUUCUGUAAUACAGAAUAAUCCUAGAAUUAUGGUGCCUCCAGCUCAUGCACAGCCCGGACUAGUGUCAUCUUCAGCAACACAGUAUGGUGCUUCAGAACAGACCCACGCUAUGUAUGUGACUGGGCAUAUUACACAACAGUUUUCCCAUCCAAAUCAUACGUUACAUCAUCCUGCUUCUCAUCCACAACCUGCUGCCACACCUACUGGUCAGCAACAAGGCCAACAUGGUGGUAAUCAUCCUGCCUCUAGUCCUGUGCAGCAUCAUCAGCACCAGACUGCUCAGGGACUUUCAUUGACUAACCCACAACAGCAGCCUGCACUUUACCAUACCGGUCUUAAUCCAACCCCACCAGGUUCAAAUGCACAGUCACCUCAGAGCAGUUUCCCAUCAGCACAGCCACCUCUCUUUAUCCAUCCUUCAUCCAUCCAGACUGCAUAUUCCAGCCCUCCACACAUGGCACAUAUGCCUCAGCCACAUGUACAGACAACAGUGCAACCUCAUCACCCAGCUACUCAUGCUUCAGUAAUGCUAAUGGCAACACAGAAUCAUGGCGGUCCACAGACUAUUGCACAAAGUGCAUUGCAGCCCAUACAAGUAUCUUCAAAUGCACAUUUUCCCUACAUGACACAUCCUCCAGUUCAACCUCAUCAGCAGCAGCAACAUGUAAUAGGACAACAGUGAAUAAACUCAAGGCUGGCUACUUUUACAGGCCCAGUACACUCAUCUUGCUUCUAGCGACAGGAAGAUUGUCACAUGGUAAACUGUAUGGAUGCAGCAGUUCAUAUCUGGACAUGUUGACUAAGCAGAUGAACUAAGAAACUUUAAAGAAUAUCUUUUGAUUUCCUACAUUUAUGAAAACACUUGAAAUUACUCCAGCUCUGUUCACACUGAUAACUGGAAGUUAUUUAUUCCCUUCUUAUGACCCCACACUUCUCUAGUCCAUCUGAUUUCUAUUUUCCUCAGCUA